AUGGAUGAUGAAAUCCUUGAGAUGCCUCCUCAACCAAUUUCUUUGCAAGAGUUGCGAAGCAGAGAGGCUGGAGUUUGUUUAACACUUUUUAUUUCUGCGCAGAGGGAAUGUAUAUCGGUCCAUAUUGGCCAAGCAGGUGUUCAGAUAGGUGGCGCUUGCUGGGAACUAUACUGCUUGGAACAUGGAAUACAUCCUGAUGGAACCAUUGCUGCCGAUGAAGCCAAUUCUUCACAUACUUUUUUCAGUGAAGCAGAAUGUGGAAAACACGUCCCACGAGCGGUCUUUAUAGACCUGGAGCCUUCCGUCAUAGAUGAAAUUCGAAUUGGGAAAACUCGUUCUUUGUUCCAUUCAGAGCAACUUAUAAGUGGAAAGGAAGACGCAGCAAAUAAUUAUGCCCGGGGGCACUAUACCAUCGGCAAGCAACUGAUAGACAGGGUUAUGGAUCGUAUUCGGAAAUUGGCUGAUCAGUGCCAAGGACUUCAAGGAUUUCUGGUUUUCCACAGCUUUGGUGGUGGCACAGGGUCUGGGUUUAGUUCUCUGUUAAUGGAAAAGCUGUCUGUGGAUUACUUAAAAAAGUCUGUUCUGGAAUUCUCAGUGUACCCUGCUCCGAGAAUCUCAUCUGCUGUGGUAGAACCCUAUAAUGCAAUACUGACCACUCACAGCACAUUGGCGCACUCAAACUGUGCCUUCAUGGUAGACAACGAAGCAAUUUACGAACUCUGUCACUGUAACUUGAACAUUGAACGGCCAUCAUAUAUAAACCUUAAUAGACUGAUAGGACAGGUUGUGUCUUCUAUUACUGCCUCUUUGAGGUUUAGUGGAAUACUGAAUGUAGAUCUUGUUGAGUUUCAAACUAAUCUUGUGCCUUAUCCUAGGAUACACUUCCCUCUUGUCACCUAUUCACCUAUUGUAUCUGUAGAAAAGGCGUAUCAUGAGCAGCUAUCUGUGCCUGACAUUACCAAUGCCUGCUUUGAACCUAAUAAUCAAAUGGUUAAAUGUGAUCCCCGACAUGGUAAAUAUAUGGCUUGUUGUCUCUUAUACAGAGGUGAUGUGAUGUCCAAAGAUGUUAAUGCAGCCAUAGCUGCAAUUAAAACCAGGAAGUCAAUCCAGUUUGUUGACUGGUGUCCUACUGGCUUUAAGGUGGGCAUUAACUACCAGCCUCCAACUGUGGUUCCAGAAGGGGAUUUGGCGAAGGUCCAACGUGCUGUCUGUAUGCUGAGUAACACCACAGCUAUUGCAGAGGCGUGGGCAAGGUUGGACCAUAAGUUUGACCUAAUGUACUCCAAGAGAGCCUUUGUACACUGGUAUGUAGGAGAAGGAAUGGAAGAAGGAGAAUUUUCUGAGGCAAGAGAGGACAUGGCUGCCUUGGAGAAGGAUUAUGAAGAGGUAGGGACAGAAGCAGGUGAUAAUGAGGAUGAAGACGAAACAAUUUGAUAUGUACAAUUAAGUGUUUAAAUGCGUGUUCUUUC